AUGCGGGUUCUCUCAGGAGAAAAGAUCUGGCCGCCUCCCAUCUGGAUGAUGCGUCAGGCCGGACGGUAUCUUCCCGAAUACCGGGAAGUCCGGAAGAACGCUUCCAACUUCCUGGACUUCUGUUACUCCCCCGAUCUUGCAACUGAAGUCACACUGCAGCCGAUCCGCCGGUAUGGUUUUGAUGCGAGUAUUCUGUUUUCGGAUAUCUUCGUCGUCCCCGAUGCAAUCGGAUACCCUGUCCGUUUUGAAGAAGGACGUGGUCCGGUUCUGGAGCCACUGUCUUCAGACCUUCUUGAUCGUCUGGAACAGGACAGGGCCGAGGAUCAUCUGAAACCCGUCAUGGAGACCGUUUCGCGUCUUCGGGCGGAACUCCCUGACGAAACAACGCUGCUUGGCUUCUGUGGAGCUCCCUGGACGGUUGCCUGCUAUUCCGUUGCCGGACACACGACGCAGGAUCAGGUUGCCGCACGUGUCGGGGCCUAUCGUGAUCCGGACCUCAUGCAGCGGUUUGUCGAUCAGCUUGUCACCGCGUCCAUCAGAUACCUGAUCCGACAGCUGGAUGCCGGCGCCGAUGCGGUGCAGAUAUUCGACACCUGGGCCGGAGUUCUGGAUGAUGCCGGGUUCCGUCGCUGGUCGAUCGAACCAACCAAAAAGAUCGUUGAUGGCGUGCGGGCCAUCCGGCCUGACGCGAAGAUCAUCGGUUUUCCAAAGGCGUCUUCAGCAAGAAUAAUGACCUUCAUCGAGGGAACUGGUGUUGAUGCCGUCGGUUUCGACUGGACUGCUCCUGAUCAUCUUGCGCUCGACAUCCAGAAAAAAGUUCCGAUCCAGGGGAAUCUCGAUCCGAUGCGGCUGGUUGCUGGUGGCAAGGCUCUUGAAGAUGGAGUUGCCCACAUUCUGGAAACAUUUGACACGGGACCCCUGAUCUUCAAUCUCGGGCACGGGGUUACACCGGAUGCGGAUCCCGACAAUGUCAAACGUAUGGUCGAACAGGUCCGGAGAGGCUGA